ACUGCGGACACAGUAACAGGAGAUGACCAGAGACUGCGGACAUAGUACAAAGGAGAUGACCAGAGACUGCGGACACAGUACAGGAGAUGACCAGAGACUGCGGACACAGUACAGGGGAUGACCAGAGACUGCGGACAGUACAGGGGAUGACCAGAGACUGCGGACACAGUACAGGGGAUGACCAGAGACUGCGGACAGUACAGGGGAUGACCAGAGACUGCGGACACAGUACAGGGAUGACCAGAGACUGCGGACAUAGUACAGGGAUGACCAGAGACUGCGGACACAGUACAGGGAUGACCAGAGACUGCGGACACAGUACAGGGAUGACCAGAGACUGCGGA